AUGCUGAGUAGUUUUUUAUUGAGUGAUGAAUUGAAAUUGAUGUAUUUGAUGAGGUAUUGCACUGGAGAUGCUGCAAGAGCUAUACAGUGCUGUAAGCUUAUGCCCCCUAAUGAGGGAUACGCUGAGGCUAUGAGCAUAUUACGUCAAAGUUUUGGAAGACCUUCGAUGAUUGCAGGGAAAUUAUUCGAGGCUGUUAAGGGUAAUGGUGGUCAAUUACAGGAUGACUCCCAGGCACUCACUGAGUUUUUGGAUAAUUUGCUAAUUUACAAGAAUGGAAUGAUUUCGAUGAAUCGAAUGAGUGACCUCAACUCGAGUUUUAUACUAGAAGUAAUAGCAAGACGUCUACCUACCCGACUGCAAAGGAAGUGGGUGAAGAUAAGCUCCCGUAUGGAGGAUGAGGGUAUCGAGCCAAGGUUUGAUGAUAUCCUGAAACUAGUAAAAGAUAGUGUCAAUCAAUCUAUGAGCAAUUUUGCCAGUAUAUUGAAUCUCACCCCUAGAAUAGAGCAGUCUGAGUGCAAAAUGCAAUCAUUGAUGACGAAUAGGCAUCAGAGAGGUGGAUAUCGAGAAGGCUCCAUGAUGUCUAGUAAUGCAUAUAGACCUAGUGAGUGUAACAGGUUUCGUAGUACAUCCUCAACAGAUAAUUUACAAGAUGCAAGACAAGCACGGUUGUGUUUUACACGUUUGCAAGAGGUGCAUACAAAGGUGAACUGUGAACCAGUGAGCAAGUUCAGUGAUAAGCUAAAUGUAAACUCCAGGCCUGACUCCGAAUUGUGUGACGAUAACGGUGCGGUCAAGAAGUCUGUAGUUGCAACUGGUAAGCCAUUGUUGAAUAGAGUGUCACAGAAUAGAGUUGCUGCUUCAGAGUGCAGUUCUGACUCCACAAGUUUACAAGGUAUUACUAGUCAGAGUGAGGGUAUAGAACCUUUAAGGAUUUGUGAGGAGGAACCAAAAUUGUCUACUUCUGUUAUUAAAGAGUUUGAAAAUGAUGAACUUGACGGUAAAUUGAAUAUUUGUGGUAAUGAUCAUGAUAGCGCAGAUUUGUCUUUGGUUGAUCAUGAUGAGAUGAGGGAUAUGCCUACUACUGCUAAGUUGAACAAAGGUUCUGUACAACUACAACGUGAAGUAGAAAUAAAUGCAGAUGCAGUUGCAGAAGGCAUACAUACUUGUGAGACCGUCAGUGUGAUUGAUCAGCAUGUAGCCCACCUAUCAUCAGAUGAUAGUGCUAAACCCGAACUAGUAGUGAAAGACAGCAGUGGUGGUAAUCUUGCAGUUGGACAACUAUCUGAGAGCCGAAAAAGAACAGCUUCUGAUCCACCGCUAACUUCAUCACUUUGUGUCACUCAGUCAUCGUUGGUGUUUUCAUCCACAAUGAAACAGAUGCCCAUCAACUCAAGUAUCUUGUGCAAUGACUAUGAUAGUAUUGGUGCAUUUGAAAAGACGAAAGAUAUUGCUCAGUUUAGUGAGAAUAAGCCAAGUGUAAACGAGAGGGCAUUUCUAGUUUCAAGUUACUAUUUGAAUGCUAUUAUCUUUGGUGUAAAUUACUCUGUUUCUAUACUUGGUUGA